UUUUUUUCACAGUUAUAGACACAAUUUCCUAUUGUACGAACAUGCUAUUAGUUUAUGAAAUCUCCUUUCAAAGCUUUAAUGUGGUAUAUUUAUUACGAAAUUUAACAAUACAUUUUUCGCAACGAAAUUCAUCUUAGCCUCUGCUGAAAGCUUGCAUAAGUGUGUUAUACAGCAGAAGAAGAGAUGGCAGUAAGCAGGGCGGGGCUGAGUGAAGGAGACUUUUUUACGAGCUUAGGAAUGCUGAUUAUACAAGGCCGAAAGUGGGAUGCUUUCCGACGAACAAGAGGACGAGGACUUCACUGCCCCACUGUUCGAAAUUCAUCGCCACCUCACCAUCAGUGCUCACCUAGUAAUGUAGAAUGUCAGACCGCUCUUUCCUUUCGAAAUGCCAUUCAAGUUAUUUGGCAGUAUGGUGGUGCUGUCAUCAUUGAUGUCAUUCUGCUUCCUGAGUGUGGACAUCAAGAGACUGAUCUUCUGUUGGAAAAGUGGUUGAUCCAACCAACUGAUGAGAACUCAACCAUACCUGAAUUGUCUCUUAUGCAAGCUAUCGACUCCACGAUUCACUUCUCUCAGUUAUGUUCUUGGUGGUCUUCUACUAAUGGCUGCCAACCCAGGAAUAUUCAAUAUAAAGUAUAUGAACAUAACGAAUCGGAGUCGGAUUUGAAAUUUGUAGAGUCUCCUAUAAACCAUAACUUUAUGAUCAGCAACGGUGUCAAAGUAUGUUUGCAAUAUUUGCCUCGACAGAAAAACAUUCCCGAAUUACAGUGCCUUUGUUGCUGUCACAAUAUUGGGCCUCAACAACAAAUGGAAGUUGGUAGCCCCAGUCGCGGCAGAAGUUUUGCCCACAGGGGUCCGAGGCGGGGGUCAAGACAUUCUUCUGCGUCAUCAGAUAGCUUGUCACCCUCUGUAUCAAGGGUUGAUGUCUCACCGUACGGGUCCCCGCUACUGUCGCCAUACCAACGAACAUCACUGUCAUCUUCUUCCUCAUCUCGUGGGUCAUCUCGUACUGUCAGUCCUUGUGUUAGUCGAUCCCCUUCUGAACGAAGCAUUAUCAAGGCGUUUGAAACUCACAGACUAAUGGAGGAAACAGAACAGCAAACAAAUGAGAACAGUAUCGUUAGUCGGAACGAUUCAGGCUUUAUCGAUAUUGCAACGAGAGAUGGCGUUACCAUAAAUCAAGAUGAAGAACUCGCAAAUCAAUUAGAUUCGUUAAGCGAUAGUGACUUGUCUGAUGAUUAUGUAAUUGAUGGCCCUGUCGGGUCACCGGGGUUGGUUGGAACACCCAUCGCUUCUCCAGACGACGUUAGAGUACAGAUGUUGCAAAGUACGUACGCAGGUUGGCAUUGUCGCCAUCCUGCUUUUGAUAGACUGAUGGAGAGGCGACAGGAACACGGGACCGCACUCGCCAUUCCAGUCUCGAUUCAGCUGUAAGCAAUCUAGAACGACUGGAUUUGCGUACUCGAAGACAACUUAGUCGAACUAACAGUGAUGGAAAAGAUUUUGCAAAUCUAAGAGUAAAUUGCUCUAAAGACUCUGAAAAAGAAUUUUUUAUAAGAGAUAUAAAGAAACGACAUAAGUUGAGAAGCCCUAAUCAGGUUGAAAAUGAUGAAACACAACACUGUAGUCAAAAUAAUACAUUUUAUGCAUCUUUUCUUUCGAAUCACAAAACGUCAUCGGAGAAUUCCGAUACAAUUUUAGACUUCAGUACCUCACCUGAUGAUUUUAGCUCAAAUUUUACAGAUUUUGAAUUUUCUCAAUUCCAAUUGAACAGCACACCAACCACCAUCGGUUUUGUAACUAUGGCUCGGCCAAUGAGUCUCGACUUACCCCAAACUUCAAAACAUUAUUUCGACCCUGAAUUUGAUAAUUCUCACAUCAAAGGAAAAGCCAAUAAAGAGAAUCCUAUCCAAAUUGAUAUCACAACAAAUGAAACACAGCAUGAAAGAGAUAUUGAUUAUCACGGAAUUGAUGAAACUCCAGCAUAUAAAUCAUCCAGGCCACCAUUCCAAGGAGCGAUGAGUCUCGAAAAGAAGUGUGACAUGCCAACAAUUACUACCUCAGACAAUUUUUCUCUUCAAAUCGGGAAAACUAUUUUAGAUGAAUAUGAACAGGAAGAAAAUAAUUCAGAGAAUACAGUUGCAACUUCUUCUUCUUCCUGUUCUGUAUUACUCCGAUCACCACCUUCAAAACUUCGAAUAUUGCCGAGUCACUGUGUCGACAAAAACUAUCUGCAUAAUCCACCACGACAGCCAGUGCAUAAAAUUUCAACCAAUGUUGCGCAACAUGGAACAGCAAGAAGACUUCAGUUUAAUAAACCGUCUGAAAAAGCAACAUGUACUAGUCCUGCACCCAUUCGGAGAAACAACAGCGUACGAUUUGAGUUUGAUGAAGACAUGCCUAAGAUCAAUCAACGUAGUUCAAGAUCCAUGUGUAGAAGAAAAUGUAUGAAAAAUAAUGGAAUUGUUGUCCACAAUCAUACUCAUUUGACUCACACUGACCGUCUUCUUGGAUCAUUUGAGGAAUCAAUCCUUCACAAUCGUCUUGAAGUAUUGGGAUCAGUGGAAGGAUUUCAUGCCCAACUUGGGGCAAGUGGAUCCUUCUGUCCUGCCAAAGUCAAACUACCUGUACCAGUUAAAUUUUUUCAUGUAUCUGAUGACAACGCACCAUCCCCUUAUAUGGGCACACUGUCUGUCAAAGGUCGUGAACAUGGGAAGCGAGGAUAUCAUAUACCAAGGAAAGGGACAAUACAACUGACUCUUUUCAAUCCAAACAGUAGUGUGGUAAAGGUUUUUGUUAUUCUGUAUGACGUGAGCGACAUGCCACCAGGACAAAAAACGUUUCUUCGCCAUCGAAUAUACAGCAAGCCUACAAGUGACCUUGAUUAUAAUGGGAAUGUUGUGAAAAAUGGAGACGCCAAUGUUCCAAAAGAAAAUGCUUCAAAAUCAAAAUGCCUACGAUAUUUUGUUAAUCUAUGGUUGGAAAGCAGCAAAACCAACAAAGUUUACAUUCACGGAGAUGUGAAGAUACUUUUCUCACUCGCUUCAAAUGAAUGGGAUUCUGGCAACACUUAUGAACUUCAGUCUGAAACUGAAUUUCCAAAGAAUCCAAAAUAUUCUCCAAAACGGUGAUAAAAAAUUUCGGACUUCAAGAAUUUCGAGAUCGUACCAGAUAAUACAUAUUUAACAAGUUGACGGAACUGCCUUUCAGUAUUAUUAGCCUGAAUGUUACAAGACUUCUAUUGAAUUUAAGAACUAUAUUUGAUUUUAACGGUGAUAAUUUCUUUUAGCAUAACUUUUAUUACAAUACACAUAGUUUUUUAAUUCUCCUCCUUAUAGGAAAUGUGUACCUUAUUUUGGUUAUUUUUUGAAUUCUAUGUUUGGUCUUAUGAGUAUGGCUCACUCGAUCUUGAAAAAUCCAUUUUUUGGAUUGAUUUUUGUCAGAACUAACAGUGAAAAUUUUUCGUAAAUCUGACUUGUUGCAAAUUCUCUCGGCUUGAAGUCUGACUGAUUAAGGUAAAAUAAGUAAAUCAUUUCAAUUGUAACAUUUAUUCCGUUUCUCUUUUAUUAAGUGAAAGUUCUUAUUCACCUUUUCAUUCAUCUUUCAAGAAUUUAGUUCUUAUAAAUCUUCUAUUACUAGGGCAGACUGAAGAAAUAUGAGUGCGCAGCAUACAUUAAAUAAGAUUUCUUAUAGUCUGUUUGUGGAGUUGCGCUGUUGGGCCCACAGCUCUUUCCUUUUAACCAUUUCUUAGUUCAGUAUUUCUUUUUUCUUUCCUCAUAUGUACUGUGUCACUUUCCUCAAAGAUUUAUUAUAAACGACCAAGUGUUUAUUUCAUCACUUGGUUGAAUUGUCACCAUAAUAUUUUACUACCCUUAUAGUAAUCUCUGUGCUUCGGAAAAUAACCGCAAUAAUUUUUCACUUUGGGUGUUGAGCCUUGAUAUAGUCAAUUUAAUAUAUCUUAAUACAGUGGAUAUUUUAUUAAUAGUAUAUUAUAUGAUGAAUUUUUCUUCUAUUAUCCUAGAUGUUCUAUUUCUUUGGUUCUUUUGUUUCAAUAAACCUAGAUAAAAAUUGAGUUA